AUGAGGCUGGUUCUUGUCAAACCCACCAAUGCAACGCGUCGGCUCGAUUCAACAGGAGACGCUUGCAACGACCAAGACCCGGAUCACUGCAACUCUCGAGGGCAGUCCCUACCAGACAAAGCCCCUGAGGUCAUGCAGUAUCGCUACUCUGGAACUGCCCUCCAGCCCCAAACGACAAAACAUGGAUCAGACGUGGCCGGUUUCCAGCCACAAUCAAAGCAGGGCUUCUUGAAGGACUGCCUCUCCACAUUCUCCAAGAAGGGAACUCCUCCUUCUCUACAGUAUACCCACUCCUAUCCUCAGAACUCCCUGGUGUCAUCGUCAUCCCGCAGCAGCCCACGAGUGAAGAAUUCAUUCCCGGCUACUAGCGCCAAAAGCAGUGCUCACUCCUCUUCCAGUAGCCAGCGGUGGCCGGAGAACCAUCAACUAGAGGGAGAAGGGCAACGACAAGGGGAGCAACAUGUACAUCCUCAUACCAAAAAGGUUGGCCAUGUUGGUUCAACGCCUUCCCUGUUCAAGAGCAGUAGCCCACUCCCACCCGACACAGUUGUGACAAGCACUAAAUACAAUGGGGAUGUUGGGAGACCCCUGAGCAGCUUAGGAGCUUCGCCACCCAACCUUUCAGAGCUGGACUCAGCAAGACAAGAGCCCCUCCAGACUCUCCACAGGUCCGUCCUGGAGGAGGUGUUCUCCAAAGGCCUCAGUGAGGACAAUAGUAAGGGCAACAGCGAGGGAGGAGGAGACGCGCCACAGAAGAGGUCUAAGGACAUUGGCUACAGAUUGGGCCAGCGUAGAGCGCUAUUUGGAAAGCGCAAACAGCUGAGCGACUAUGCCUUGAUUUUCGGGAUGUUUGGGAUUGUUGUCAUGGUGACGGAGACGGAACUUUCCUGGGGGGUUUACACGAAGGAAUCAUCAUACUCAUUUGCUCUGAAAUGCCUCGUCAGCCUUUCAACUGCUGUAUUGCUCGGCCUCAUUGUGAUGUACCAUGCACGGGAAAUACAGCUCUUCAUGGUGGACAAUGCAGCUGACGACUGGAGGAUUGCUAUGACAUAUGAGCGGAUCUUCCUGGUUGCGCUGGAGCUGCUGGUCUGUGCCAUCCACCCCAUCCCGGGCCAGUACAUCUUCACCUGGACAGCCCGGCUGGCCUUCACCUACCCACACUCAUUGACCAAUGCCGACGUGGACCUCGUCCUCUCCAUCCCCAUGUUCCUCAGGCUCUACCUAAUCGGUCGCGUCAUGCUGCUGCACAGCAAGCUUUUCACGGACGCCUCGUCGCGCAGCAUCGGCGCCCUCAACAAGAUCAACUUCAACACGCGGUUCGUCAUGAAGACCCUCAUGACCAUCUGCCCCGGCACGGUGCUGCUGGUCUUCAGCGUCUCUUGUUGGAUCAUCGCAGCGUGGACGGUGCGUGUAUGUGAGAGGUAUCAUGACACACAGGAAGUGACUAAUAACUUCCUUGGGGCAAUGUGGCUCAUCUCUAUCACCUUUCUCUCCAUUGGUUAUGGAGACAUGGUCCCUCACACUUACUGUGGAAAGGGUGUGUGUCUGCUGACUGGAAUCAUGGGGGCUGGCUGCACUGCCCUGGUGGUUGCUGUAGUUGCCAGGAAGUCCGAGUUGACCAGAGCUGAGAAGCAUGUUCACAACUUUAUGAUGGACACUCAGCUCUAUAAACGAGUGAAAAACACAGCUGCCAAUGUACUCAGAGAGACAUGGCUUAUCUACAAACACACCAAGUUAGUCAAGAAGAUCGAUCACGCCAGGGUACGCAAACAUCAGCGCAAAUUUCUGCAAGCCAUUCACCAACUGCGCAGAGUCAAACUGGAACAGAUGAAACUCACCGACCAGGCUAACACACUUGUGGAUCUAGCCAAGACUCAGAACAUGAUGUACGACCUGGUGUCUGACCUGCAGCUGCGCAGCGAGGAGCUGGAUAGGAGGAUUGGUAGUUUGGAUGACAAACUGGACUCCAUCCUAGUCAAUCUGCAGGCCCUACCCAGCCUGCUCUCCCAAGCGGUCACACAGCAGCACAAGGACUUCCUGGAUGGCUUGGCCCACCGUGUACGGAAAGCCUCGUCGGAAUCAGAGCUUCUCUGGGUUCCAGCUAGGUGCCAACGGUCCCUUUCCACUGCACCACAGACCAUACCUUACAGCUGA